AUGUGGAAAGCUGUGGUGCUGGCUGUGUGCCUGCUGGUGGCUGGGGUUCAGCCCAUGGAGGACCCUACAUAUGGGGUGAAGCUCUGUGGUCGUGAAUUCAUCCGGGCGGUCAUCUUUACUUGCGGGGGCUCACGAUGGAGAAGGUCACUCAGGAGUGCAGCAGAGGAUCCAUUUAACUCCCAUCAGGAUGAGUCCUCAGAGGACUUGAGUCAAAAUUUGGUGGUGGAGAGUCUUCUCCAAAGGAACAGAGAUCUAAGCUUCACAUCUAGAGACAACCAGGAGGGAGCGUUCAGCAGGCCAACCCGCUCUUUCAUCACCGAGGAGAUACUGGAAGCCUUGCGCAAGGCUGACCGCAAGGGCCGGGAUGUGGUGGUGGGUCUGUCCAAUGCCUGCUGCAAGUGGGGCUGCAGCAAGAGUGAGAUCAGCUCCCUUUGCUGA